GAAACAGUAAUUAACACCACUAUCCCCAUUACUACUUAAUAUAUAUACUUUUUUUCCAUUUCUCUCAGAUCGUUUUCACUUCAGUUAUCUAUCUCUCGUUUAUCGAUUUCAUUUUCUAGGGUUUCCCAGAUGUUUUCCAGCUCCCAAUUCGAUGCAUCCGCCUUCUCCGGCGGCGGAUUCAUGUCCUCACAGGCCAACGAUUCUUCUCCAGCACCGACUAAAAGCCGCGAUAGUCAGGGUUUGGUUCCAGUUACAGUGAAGCAGAUAAGCGAAGCAUCUCAUUCGGGUGAUGAAAAGUCCAAUUUCGCAAUUAACGGUGUAGAUCUAACCAAUGUGACGUUGGUUGGAAUGGUGUAUGAGAAAACUGUGAGGGAAACUGAUGUUAAUUUUGUUUUGGAUGAUGGAACUGGACGGAUCAAAUGUCGAAGAUGGGUCAAUGAGACUUUCGACACAAAGGAAAUGGAAGAAAUAUUGAAUGGCAUGUAUGUUCGUGUUUAUGGGCACUUGAAAAGCUUUCAAGGUGUAAGGCAACUUGUUGCCUUUUCUGUCAGGCCCGUGACAAAUUUUGAUGAGAUCUCUUUUCACUUUAUUGAUUGUAUACAUAACCACCUCCGCACCAAGCUAAAGAUGGAAGGAAUCACUUCUGCCCAAACUCCCUCAAACUCGUCUUUUAACACGCCUGUCAAAAAUGCAAUAAAUAGUUCCCAGACACCAUCAUCAAAUCCGGGAUAUGCACAAUAUAGCACUGAUGGACUCAAGGACUGUGAUAAAUUAGUUAUUGAGUAUCUGCAACAGCAUUCAGAUAUGUCAGAUGAACGGGGAAUACAUGUUAAUGAACUAUCAAAAGAGCUCAAGCUUCCAUUGGACAAGAUCAUGUUGUCGCUGAAGACUCUUGGAGACGAUGGUCUGGUAUACUCCACCAUAGAUGACUUUCACUACAAACAAGCUUGAUAUGUUGUGUCAUAUAAAGAAUAUAGUUGAGGAUCGCGAUGGAUACUAGGACAGGAACCACUGGUGCUAUUGAUGUAGGUCUGUUUUGGUUCAUAGGUUUUAAGAUAUGUUGGUUUGAUUUGGUUUGUAGGUUUUAAGAUGUAGAUAUUUUAUGGAUGAAUUAAUCUAUUACUACUAUAUGCUAAAAGAUUGUAUGAAUCAUGUUUGUUGACUUAAUUAUUGAACUCUUUUAAAGGAAAA